CCCAACUAUGGCUAUCCAAUCACUGAUAGCCACCGUUAGAGCCAGCACCAACUCUGCACUCUUGUCUUGUCUGACUUGCCUCUUCUUAACACUCCCUUUGUCUCUCUUACUAUCAAAGGAUUGGAAAUGGCGGAGAGCGGCUGCGUCACCUGCGGUAGCACUGACCAGAAGAUGAUCUCAGCCGACGAAGCUCUUCAAAUUGUGCUUAGUGUUGCCCAGCAACUGCCAUCUGUCACCGUCCCACUUCACCAAGCUCUCGGAAAAGUUUUGGCUCAAGAUAUCCGUGCUCCUGACCCUUUGCCUCCUUAUCCAGCUUCAAUCAAGGAUGGUUAUGCAGUGGUUGCUUCGGAUGGCCCUGGUGAGUAUCCUGUAAUAACUGAAUCAAGAGCUGGAAAUGAUGGGGUUGGUGUCACAGUGACUCCUGGAACCGUUGCAUAUGUGACAACUGGAGGACCAAUACCUGAUGGUGCUGAUGCAGUUGUCCAAGUUGAGGACACUGAACAGGUUAAAGCUUCUUCAGUUGAAUCAAAACGUGUAAGGAUAUUGGUGCAAACUAGAAAAGGUGUUGAUAUUCGUCCAGUGGGAUGUGACAUUCAGAAAGACGCACUGGUUUUAAAAUCUGGAGAAAGAAUAGGUGCUUCAGAAGUGGGACUACUAGCUACAGUGGGUGUUACAAUGGUGAAGGUGCAACCUACGCCAACAAUUGCUGUACUUUCUACUGGAGAUGAACUUGUAGAGCCCACAACGGGGUCCCUAAGUCGUGGCCAGAUUAGGGAUUCCAACUGUGCUAUGUUAUUGGCAGCUGCAACACAGCAACAAUGCACAGUGCUUGACCUUGGUAUCGUUGGAGAUGACAAAGAAGAACUUGAGAGGGUCUUGGAUAGUGCUUUUUCUUCAGGGAUUAACAUUCUUUUGACUUCUGGAGGUGUUUCCAUGGGAGAUAAGGAUUUUGUUAGGCCACUGCUUGAAAAGAAAGGGACAGCACACUUCAACAAGGUUUGCAUGAAACCUGGGAAACCAUUGACAUUUGCAGAGAUAUAUUUCAAUCAGACAGAGAAUGUACCAGUAAACAAAGUUCUUGCAUUUGGUUUACCUGGAAAUCCAGUUAGCUGUCUAGUUUGUUUCCAUCUCUUUGUGGUUCCCGCCAUACGCCACCUAGCAGGAUGGGCAAAUCCACAUCUUACGAGAGUUCAAGCUCGACUUCAACAACCAAUAAAGACAGAUCCUGUCCGGCCAGAAUUUCAUCAUGCCACUAUCAGAUGGGAGAUUAAUGAUGGUUCCGGCAAUCCUGGAUUUGUUGCUGAGAGCACUGGUCAUCAAAUGAGUAGUCGGCUUUUGAGUAUGAAGUCAGCUAAUGCUUUGCUGGAGUUGCCAGCAACAGGGAGAGUUAUUAGUGCUGGAAGUUCUAUCUCAGCCACUAUAAUUUCUGACUUAAGUGAUUUAGGUGGUACUACAUUGAGAAAGGCUGCUUUGUCAUCAGAUUCAAGUUCAACUACUGCACUGCAUAAAAGUACAUUGAGUGAAAUGACAGCAGAUGGAGCUCAGGAUGUUCAGUUCAAAGUAGCUAUUCUUACAGUGAGUGAUACUGUUGCAUCAGGCGGAGGGCCCGAUCGAAGUGGGCCUAGGGCAGUGUCUGUUGUGAAUUCCUCAUCUGAAAAGUUAGGAGGAGCAAAGGUAGUCUCAACAGCUGUGGUUUCGGAUGAUGUGGGAAAGAUCAAGGACGUUUUGCAGAGAUGGAGUGAUAUUGACAAAAUGGAUCUUAUCCUUACACUUGGUGGCACUGGCUUCACCCCAGGAGAUGUGACCCCAGAAGCAACCAAAGAGUUAAUUGAAAAAGAAACACCUGGUCUUCUGUAUGUGAUGAUGCAAGAGAGUUUAAAGGUCAGGCUCAGCCUCAAGUCCACUCUUAUAUCAAUUCAAUCAAGCUAAACCAGCUCAUAUAAACCUAUAUAGCAACAUCGAAAAGAAUAUGUGGUAGAUCUAGCUGAAAAACCGAAAUACUUAUACCCAUUUCAUAUGAGAAAACAUUGUACACAUUGAAUCAUGCAAAUCUAGCUAAUAAAAAGAAGGCCACUACAAAUAUGGUGAGAGAUGAAGGCUCAUGGAAUGGAAACUUCCUUGGCAUGUGUCCAAGCCAGCAUAACCAUUUGGAAGGCUUGCAGGCUUAAGAGGAUAUGCCAGUUCUUGGACAGCUUUAUUAGCAAGUUGCUGAUAUGGGGUUGGUGGGUUGCCCUAUAAUAUUUUAUGAUAAUUUGUCAACUUUCUAGCUAUGGCAUUAUUUAUUGUACAAUAAUUCCAUAUAUGAUUUGUUGUUUCUUAAGUAUCCUAUUUAGUUGGCUGCAGUUUAUCUCUUAGAGGCUUCAUGAAAGGCUUAAUAUUCAUACGGCAUUUAUAUUUUCUCUGUGACAUGCAAUGAUGGGAUGGAGAUUGUCUGUGCAUUUCUCUGCUUGUUGUCAGUUAUCAGUUUCUGGGGUAUGUUUAAAGAAAUUAACAAUAAAAACUGUUAUGGGGUAGGGCUGCCUCUUUCCUUAUAAGAUUACAUGCUAAAUUUUUUCCCAUCAUAUACUGAAAAUGGUUGGUUCAGUCAAAUUUUCAUUCUGAGGAAGCAUAUUAUUACAUAUAUUUUUAUCUCUCUAUAUACAUACAUUCAUUAUACACAAUGUCAUACGACAUUCAUUGUUUAGUCUUUAUUAGAAUUUCACCUGUAAACUGACCUCUUCUAUCAGUUAUGAUGAUGAAACAUUUUUAACCCAUUUUCCUGAUGG